GAGUGUGUGUGUGAGAGAAAGAGAGGGAGAGAGAGAGAGCGAGCGAGAGAGAGAGCGUUGAACGACACGGCUGUAUCUGUACCUGUCCGGACGGGGAUGGAGAUGCUGCAUGGAUCCGCAGGUGUCCAAACGGCGAAGGCGUUGAAAAACGCGGCCGUGUGUCUGAUGCUUCUCCCGCGGUUCCUGCUCGCGGCACUGACGCUCUGGCUCCUGGAUUUCCUAUGCAUCCGAAGGAAGCUUUUAAUGAAGAUGCGGGAAAGCGACAUCGCGAGCCCUGACGACCCGCCGAUGUGCGUGUCCGACUCCAACAAGAUGUUCACGCUCGAGUCGCUGCGCGCCGUGUGGUACGGACAGAAGCUGGACUUCUUUAAAACGGCGCGUUUGGGCGGCGCGGCGCCCAACACAGAGGUGGUUCCGCUGGACAACACGCGUCUGAGAGGCACGCGGAGGAUUCUAGACUACGCCCGCGGGAGGAGACCUCUCAUAAUCAACUUCGGGAGCUGCUCCUGACCGCCGUUCAUGACGCGCCUGUCGGCGUUCCAACGCGUCGCACGGCAGUACGCGGACAUCGCAGACUCGCUGCUGGUGUACAUCGAGGAAGCGCAUCCGUCAGACGGCUGGGUGAGCUCCGACGCGCCGUAUCAGAUCCCGCGGCACCGCUGCCUGGAGGACCGGCUCCGCGCCGCGGAGCUCAUGAACCAGAAAGUACCGGAGAGCGCAAUAGUCGUGGACACCAUGGAGAACUCGUCCAACUCGGCGUACGGUGCGUAUUUCGAGCGCCUCUACAUAUUAAAGGACGAGAAGGUCGUGUAUCAAGGCGGGAGGGGUCCGGAGGGCUACCGAAUCUCGGAGCUCAGAGACUGGCUGGAGCGUUACCGGAACGAGCUGGAAGCGUCAGACGCGCCUGUGGUUGUGCACGUGUAAAAGACGCGCGCGGAUGGAUGUUUGGAUGUUUCCACUUCUCUCGUGUCCUUAUCAUAAAGUCAUAGAAACA